CAAAAGAUGGGUGACUUUAUGGCAUGCCUAUAUACAUGGAUCCUGAGGAGCAAGGGGUCUCACACCGCAAGCGUCCACCACAUACCAUACCUGAUAAUUCUGUUCAAUCAUCCCAACAGGUGGUCCAAUUGCAACAGACUGUAAUAGAAUUACAAGAUAAUCAACUGACAUUACAAGAGAAGGUUGAGAGGAUGGAGAGAAUGUUUUUUAUGAUGCAGGGAGGGAUGCAAGGAGGGAUGCAGGGAGGGAUGCAGGAAGGAAUGCAUGGAGGGAUGCUGGGAUGGAUGGAGGGAGGGAUGCAGGGAUGGAUGCAAGGAGAUGGAGGGGCUGGGACAAGUGGGGGAGCAUAAUUGGCAUUGCUUUCACUCAGUUGAUCUUUAUAUCAUAACAUCUUCUAUUAUUAUAUAUGAAAUGGACAUGUAUGAGAUAGGGGCAUAGUGCUGUAAUUAGUUAGUAUUUUAGAUUAAAACACUUUAAUUAUG